GUCAUCUCCAGAAAACGUUUGCGCAGUUUGCACUUUGCGGAAAGAUACAGAUACCAAACCGUUGGAGAGGCCGAAGUGUACAACAAAGAUAAUCAUUCGUGCUGAAGGAGGCCAGUUUUGGUACUGCUACUCAUCGCAUGGCUCCGACGUUCUGCCCUUACUGCCAGAACAGUCUCACUAUCGCGCGAGCGGCUGGCACCGCAGAACACCCUGAAGGCCUGAACGCAUUUACGUGCCGGACGUGCCCUUACCAGUUCGUGAUGGAUCGCUCAUACUAUGAAAAGACACCCAUGAAGAAGAAAGAGAAGGACGAUAUUCUCGGCGAGGAACAAUCCGAUCUACCCGUGAACGAAGUGCCUGGUGGCUGUCCCGGAGAGAAAGAUGGAGUUAAAUGCGACUCCAAGAAGGCAUACUUUUACCAGUUGCAGACAAGAAGCGCAGACGAACCUCCGACCUCUUUCUUCAAGUGUGUCAAAUGCGCCAAACAAUGGAGAGAAUAUUGAAAGACUCGACAUGCCAUUUCAGUACCUGCACCACCGACUACGGCUCCUUCGCUAGGUGAGAGUCUUGGUCGAAGGGCUUGUCGCGACACCAACGGCAGACGGCGCUGGAAGCAAUGUAUUCAGGUGGCAACAACAAACGGCACAUUGAGAGAGAGGACG